AGGGAGCGAGGGAUCAAAGCAGAGGAAGAGACGGAGGAUGAGAGACAGCAGCGCUGCAGCGAGAGCGAGCGCCCUGCCUGCCUUUGCAACGAGUGUUUACUCCACUUUCCCUGAGAGCCGGUUAUCUUCCCUCUGCGUGAGUCAUGGAAGUGAUUUAGGCUGUCUCAUUUUGUGAUUGAGGAUCCAUGCGGGUCCACAGAACCUUCCCACCAACAACACACAGUCUGACCACAUCAGCAGGGAGUGAGAGGCGUGAUCUUGAGGCUAAUGUGGAAGUCAGUGGACAAGAUGAGGUGUUUCAGGAAACGAUCCAUGUUCCCCUUCCUCGGAUUCCUCAUCACCUUUCUGCUGUUUUUCAACCUUUACAUGGACGACGGAUUUGUGCUGGAGGCUGAGAAAAGACAGCUAGGAGAGACACUAAUGCAUCCCGCAAACUCUGAAAGAUACGUCCACACAUUCAGAGAUCUGUCCAAUUUCUCUGGGACUAUUAAUGUGACGUAUCGCUACCUCGCAGGAAUUCCUUUGCCACGUAAAAAGUAUCUUACCAUUGGUUUGUCAUCUGUCAAGAGGAAAAAGGGGAAUUACCUUCUGGAGACGAUCAAAUCCAUCUUUGAUCAGUCCAGUUACGAGGAACUCAAAGAGAUUGUGGUUGUGGUCCACCUGGCGGACUUUGACCUGGUCUGGUGUGAAAAUCUGGUGCAGGAAAUCAGCAGGAAGUUUGCUCACCACAUCAUAGCCGGACGCCUCCUGGUGAUCCACACCCCAGAAGAGUACUAUCCAUCCUUGGAGGGCUUGAAAAGGAACUAUAACGACCCAGAGGACCGGGUCCGUUUCCGCUCCAAGCAGAACGUGGACUACGCUUUCCUCCUCAACUUCUGCACAAAUCUCUCUCACUUCUACAUGAUGCUAGAGGACGAUGUGCGCUGCUCCAGAAACUUCCUGACGGCGCUGAAGAAGGUGAUCACCUCCAGGGAAGGUUCCUACUGGGUGAUGCUGGAGUUCUCCAAGCUGGGCUACAUCGGGAAGCUGUACCACUCCAAAGACCUCCCACGUCUGGCUCAUUUCCUCCUCAUGUUCUACCAGGAGAUGCCCUGCGACUGGCUCCUCAUCCACUUCAGGGGUCUGCUGGCACAGAAGGACGUGAUCCGCUUCAAGCCCUCGCUGUUCCAGCACAUGGGCUACUACUCUUCUUACAAAGGAGCAGAGAAUAAGCUGAAGGACGACGACUUCGAGGAGGACUCCAUAGACAUCCCUGACAACCCUCCAGCCAGCCUUUACACAAACAUCAACGUCUUUGAAAACUAUGACGCCACCAAGGCUUACAGCAGCAUCGUUGAUGAGUAUUUCUGGGGAAAGCCUCCUUCCACCGGCGAUUUCUUUGUCAUAAUCUUUAAUAGACCAACUAAAAUCAGCAGAAUUAAAAUUGUGACGGGCACAGAGGACAGACAAAACGACAUUCUUCACCACGGAGCUCUGGAGGUAGGACAGAAGUCCGUGGAAACGAAACAGGGAAGGCAGUGCUCAUCAUACAUCACGCUGGGAGAGUUUAAAGGCGGAAGCAUUGAGGUGACCAAUGUGGACCACAAGAUCGGCUUUGACAUCGAGUGCGUACGAAUAGUCGUCACUGCCAGUCAGAAAGAGUGGCUCAUUAUAAGAACUGUCAGUUUAUGGACCACACAACCUGUAAGUCAGUUUAAAAAGUAACACAAUAAGUUUUUAAAUGAUCGUCCUUGUGUACAGUAAUAAUUCGGAUGCAGUUUCUAUCAGUUCAUUUCGGACUACUGGGGAAACGUGUUUCUGGGAUUCAGAGCAAUCCAUAUUUUCUUGGGUUGUUCAGGGAUCUGCUUUAUGUUUUCAAUGUGAUGUAAUAAAAUGACCAAGCUGUACAGUAAUGAUCCUUUUUACUUAUCUUCAUUUUCCUAAAGUAAAAAAUCUGUAUGUAAAAUUGUAAAAUACUUGACUGCUGUCUUCUUCUCUUUUUUCAUUCCACUUCAAGCUUCAAAAUGUUGAACAUUUAAAUGUGCUUUUUUCUCAGCUUAGACAGGCAUUUUUACAGCGGUCACAGAUGUCUUGAAUGACA